AUGACGCUACUUCUAGAGAGGAAGGGAAUACAACCACAGAGAGAGAGAGAGAGGUCGUCUGGCUCCGUAGUGGCUGCCUGUUACUGUUCCCGCCAUUGCUGUUGCAUCAAGAGCAGAGCAGCAACUAAGCAAUUGGAGAGCCACGCCCGCCGGGUUGAGAGCAAGUCCACCAAUCCCCGCCGUCGGUUUCUUCUGCUCCCGCGUCCCAGAAAUCAAGGCCGUCCGGCAGCCGGAAACGCUCGCGGCUUCGGAAGGAAACGCGGCUCGUCUUGAAAGGAUUCAAGGCAAAAGAAUCUCCUCAUUGUGUGCUCGACUUGUGUCGGAAGGUGAAACAAAUUAAAGAUGAGAGUUGCAGUGAUUGGUGCGGGAGUGAGCGGCCUGGUCGCCGCUUAUACCUUGGCCAAGGCCGGCGUUCAUGUUGUGCUCUACGAGAAAGAAGAUUACUUAGGCGGCCAUGCUUGGACCGUUCAUGUCAAUGGCGUCGAUGUGGAUCUCGGAUUUAUGGUGUUCAAUGGAGUCACGUACCCCAAUAUGUUGCAGCUUUUCGAGAGCCUGGGAGUUGAUUUGCAGCGGAGCGAGAUGUCGUUCUCGGUGAGUUUGGACGGAGGCAGAGGGUGUGAGUGGGGGAGCAGGAACGGACUCUCCAGCCUCUUUGCCCAAAAGAGAAACGCCUUCAGCCCUUCUUUCUACCGAAUGCUUGGAGAGAUCCUCACAUUCAAAAACGACGUCAUGAGCUACGUUGAGGAGCACGAGAACAACCCUGACCUUGACCGCAACGAGACGCUUGGGCAGUUCAUCAAAUCCCGGGGCUACUCCAAUGCAUUUCGGGACCAUUACCUGAUACCAAUGUGUGCGUCAAUUUGGUCGUGCUCUUCCGAAGGAAUGCUCAGUUGUUCUGCUUACUGCGUGCUCUCGUUCUGCCGGAACCAUCACCUCCUUCAGGUCUUUGGGCGGCCACAGUGGCUCACCGUGAAGGAUCGCUCGCAUUCGUAUGUUAAUAAGAUAAGAGCAGAAUUGGAGAAACGGGGUUGUCAGAUAAGAACGGGCUGUGCUGUGAAAUCUGUUUCGACAAGUUCUAGAGGAUGCUCCGUAGUGACAGAAACUGCUAUGAGCGAUACAUAUGAUGGAUGCAUAAUGGCUGUCCACGCGCCUGAUGCUCUAAAAAUACUGGGAGAUGGUGCUACAUUUGACGAGGCGAGAGUUCUUGGUGCUUUUCAGUAUGCUUAUAGUGAUAUAUAUCUUCAUCAUGAUCAUAGCUUAAUGCCCAAAAACCCAGCAGCCUGGAGUGCCUGGAACUUUCUUGGGGCUAAAGGGGACAGAAUUUGCGUGACAUACUGGCUCAAUGUGCUUCAGAGUUUGGAGACAAGUUUGCAUUUUUUUGUAACUUUGAAUCCACCCCAUUUGCCUGACAAUAUCGUUUUGAAAUGGUCGACAAGUCAUCCACUUCCAACAGUUGCUUCUGUGAAGGCAUCACUUGAAUUAAGUAAAAUUCAAGGAGAGAGAGGAAUCUGGUUCUGUGGAGCAUAUCAAGGAUAUGGUUUCCACGAGGAUGGAUUGAAGGGUGGAAUGGUUGCAGCACAGGAUUUACUGGGCUCUAGAUGUGUCCUUUUAGAUAAUAGAAAAUGUAUGACACCUUCCCUGAUGGAGAGUGGAGCCCGUCUUAUUGUCACUAGAUUCCUGAAAAGUUAUAUCACAACAGGUUACUUUAGUUUUCUAGAGGAAGGUGGCACGUUAUUUGAAUUUGAAGGGACCAAUGAUAAAGAUGAUCUCAAGUCUGUGAUGAAAAUUCACUCUCCUUCAUUUUAUUGGAAGGUUGCUACAGAGGCUGAUCUUGGGCUUGCUGAUGCAUACAUAAAUGGUGAUAUAUCUUUUGUUGACAAGGAAGAGGGCCUUCUAAACCUCUUUUUGAUACUCAUUGAUGGAAGGGAUAAACAUAACCAUUAUGCAAAUUGCAUGAAUAAAGGGGGUUGGUGGAAACCAAUAAUGUUGACUGCAGGAUUGGCAUCUGCAAAGUUUUUCUUUCAGCAUCUUUCCCGGCAGAAUACAAUCACACAAGCCCGUCGAAACAUCUCCCGCCACUAUGAUCUUAGCAAUGAUCUUUUUUCGCUGUUCUUGGAUGACACUAUGACGUAUUCUUGUGCAAUUUUCAAGGAAGAGAAUGAAGAUCUCAGACUUGCACAGAUGAGAAAAGUGUCCCUUUUGAUUGAAAAGGCAAGGAUUACCAAUAAGCAUGAAGUUCUAGAGAUUGGCUGUGGUUGGGGAACCCUCGCGCUAGAGGUUGUUAGACAAACAGGAUGUAGAUAUACUGGAAUCACGUUAUCAGAAGAGCAGCUAAAAUAUGCCCAACAAAGGGUCAAAGAAGCUUGUCUUGAAGACAAAAUUAAGUUUCUGCUAUGCGAUUACCGCCAGCUGCCAAAGUUGCAGAAGUACGAUAGGAUAAUAUCUUGUGAGAUGCUAGAAGCUGUUGGACAUGAAUACAUGGAGGAAUUCUUUGCAUGCUGCGACUCUGUUUUGGCCGAAGAUGGAAUUUUUGUUCUUCAGUUUAUAUCAAUUCCAGAUCAGCGUUAUAAUGAAUAUCGAAGAAGCUCUGACUUUAUAAAGGAAUACAUCUUCCCUGGUGGAUUGCUUCCUUCCUUGAACAGAGUAACAUCAGCAAUGACCACUGCUUCAAGGCUUUGUAUUGAGCAUGUGGAGAAUAUCGGCAUCCACUACUACCAGACUUUACUCCAGUGGAGAAGGAAUUUUAUGGCAAACAAAAGCAAAAUUCUGAUUUUGGGAUUCGAUGAGAAGUUCAUCCGCACUUGGGACUAUUACUUUGUGUACUGUGCAGCCGGAUUUAGAUCGCGAACACUUGGUAAUUAUCAGAUCGUCCUCUCUCGGCCUGGUAACCUGAGUGCCUUCAAUAAUCCUUACGAGGGCAUCCCAUCAGCUUUGGCUACGUGAGAUGGAUUGCUUUUGGGUGCCAAAACGUGCAAGUUCCCAAUUGACGUCCCCCGUCUUUUGUCGCCUGCAGUUAAGCCCGUCAAUAAUUUGGUGAGUCGUCCCUUUGCUUGAGGAUGAAGCUCGUGACCUUCACCAUCUGCCCACGUCCUGAUAACUGUUUGCAGGUACCAAGUAAUGCAUUUCUGUGCACCAUAGCUUUCCCGGAACGCCUAAUGAAACGGCGGCCACCCAAAAUUGUAUCUUCAAAUAAUUAUUUUUUGAAACAACGUCUCUUUCUCUC